AUGUCCGGUAAGGAACAAAUGACAAUCAUUUUGAGAUUUGUUGAUUCUCAAGGCUUGAUUCGAGAACGAUUUGUUAUGAUUGUGAGUGUUCCUAAUACUACCUCACAAACCCUUAAAAAUGAGAUCUCAAAAGUGCUUACUAUGUACAAUCUUCAAGUGAAAGACAUGAGAGGUCAAGGAUAUGAUGGUGCUAGUAAUAUGAGGGGAAUUUAUAAUGGGUUACAAGCAUUGUUUCUUGAAGAGUGUCCUUAUGCAUAUUUUGUGCAUUGUUUUGCUCACCGUUUGCAGUUGGUAUUAAAUGCUACAGCUCAAGGGGUUAAAGAAAUUUGGCAAUUCUUUCAAACUUUGAGCUUAAUUGUGAAUUUUGUUGAUUCUUCUGCUAAGAGGCAUUCAACAUUAAAAGAUGUGAGAAUAGAGGAAAUUGGUAAUUUGGUUGCUUGUGGGGAACUUCAAAGAGGCAGUGGUGCUAACCAAAUUUGUACUUUGCAACGAGCAUGUCCUACUCGGUGGAGCUCACAUUUCUGUUCUAUCAGGAGUUUAAUUGAACUGUUUAGGUCAAUAAAGAAAACUCUUAAUGAUAUGAUUGAUCAAGGAAAUGGAGGACAAGCUGAAGCUAUUCUUGGAGCUUUGAGAUCUUUUGAGUUUGUGUUCUGCUUGCUUCUAAUGAACAAAGUAAUGAAAGUUACUGAUUUUCUUUGUCAGACAUUGCAGCGGAAAUCUCUAGACUUUGUGCAUGCUAUGAGUUUUGUUAGACUUACAAAGUCACUUCUUCAAGAAAUGAGAGAAAAAGGUUGA